AUUGCCUACUAGGUAUUUUCGACGUCUAUUUGCCGCUCAUCUUUGGCGAAGGAAAGAAGCAUGCAUUCCGUCGGCUCCAAGAUGAGCUUGACAAACGUUCACUCGAUUCACAAGUGAAAUGGAAUGAUAAGGAACGCGCAUGAAUCCUCAUCGGCUUGAAGGAACCUGUCAAUGGGUUCUACAACAUGAAAACUUCCGGAACUGGAAAAACAGUAGCUCUUCAAGUCUCCUUUGGUUAUCUGCGGAUCCUGGAUGCGGAAAAUCAGUUCUGUCUAAGUCUUUUAUCGACGAAGACUUCAGAAGCACGGACAAUCGCACCACUUGCUACUUUUUCUUCAAAGAUGACAAUGACGUACAGAAAAAUGUAGCCACAGCGCUUUCGGCACUAUUACACCAGCUCUUUUCACAGAAACCGACACUUCUUAAACAUGCCAUGUCAGAUUACGCCGCCAAUGGAGAUAAACUUACCCAAUCAUUCCAUACACUCUGGAGCAUACUGACGAAAGCGGUGGCUGAUCCGAGGGCUGGGGAAGUCUUUUGUGUUCUGGACUUCCUCGACGAAUGCGCAGAAGCAGGGCGCUACCAGAUUAUCGAGGCCCUUGAUACAUUCUACCAACAUGCAAGCUCCGGGAAAAACCCAUCUAAACUCAAAAUGCUUGUCACCAGUCGUCCUUAUCUUGACAUCGAACGGCGUUUCACCGAGCUUGUUUCCAAAUUCCCCACGAUUCGAUUAAGAGGCGAGCGAGAAUCCCAUGCGAUUAGCCGUGAGAUCGACGAUGUGAUUAAAUGGAGAGUAUCAAAGCUCGGAUCUGAACUGAAGCUCAAUGAUUCAGAAACUUUGAAUCUCGAAAGAGAACUUUUAGGAAUGGUCAACCGAACGUACCUUUGGUUGACGCUCAUUCUAGAUAUCGUUCGGAAAACAAUUCUUCCUACCGGUCGAAAACUGAAGGCCAUUAUCAGUACCCUUCCGUCCACGGUUGAUCAAGUAUAUGAGGCGAUCCUCUCAAGAAUCGAGGAGGAUGAACGACUACAAGCAAAGAAAUUGCUGCAUAUCAUCGUUGCAGCUAAAAGGCCCCUCACCUUGGAAGAAAUGAACAUCGCACUAGCUAUCGAACCCCACCAUCGAUCCUACGACGACCUCGACCUUGACGACGAGGCGAGGUUUGAAGUAUCGGUGAGGAAUCUCUGCGGACUCUUCGUGACUGUGGUAGAUCAGAGGGUCUAUUUGAUCCAUCAGACCGCGAAGGAAUUCCUUCUCGCGAAGAGUGACGUAGCUACUGGCCGAUGGAAACAUUCUCUUAUUCCAACGGAAUCGGAGACUCUUAUGGCCGCAAUAUGCGUUACCUAUCUUUCGUUCAGUGAGUUUGAUGUAGCGACGGAUUACGCAUCUGCAGCAGUUGAAUACGGCUACUUGGAUUAUGCCGCGGGUUUUUGGGUUGCUCAUUUCCGAAAAACGCAAGAUUGUACAACUAAGCAAAUGUUGCAAUUGGUUCUCAAAAUCUGCAACACUCGAUCCAAGUGGUUCAACACUUAGUACCCUAUGUACUGGAAGAUAGCUCACCCUGGGAUCGAUAACCCCCAGUUCACAAAUAUUCUGAUGGUAGGUUCAUGUUUUGGACACCAAGCCGUGGUAAAGCUACUCCUCGAGGGCAAGGCGGACGUCGAAUUAAAGGAGGGCAACUACGGUCAGACGCCGCUGUCGUUGGCGG